AAAGGGGUCCAAAACCCCAUGACCUGGGUGUCGAGGACAAAAACAAUUCAAAGAACUCAAGUCGGGACUGAACAUGUCGAAAACGGAUCAUCAGUUAUCCUCUCAUGGUCCUUUGUCAAGACAAUCUAUAUGAGAUAGACAUAGAGACAGAGUGUUAGAGAUGAAAUAUGACAAGAAACUGUACUGUCUUCGAACCUCCAGUUGAGAGGAGAACUGUGUGCCACUUGUAACAUUGAUUCCGAAGAAGUCUUCCAAGCACAAGGAAAAUGUCUCAGCAGCAGCAUCACGAUGAAGAGCCAACUGGAAACGCGAAACCAAAAGGCCCAGGUCCUUCGUCUGGCCGAUCAGCUGCCUCGGGCUCAGCGCAAGCACAGCAGGCUUCCCGGUAUCUUUCUAGGCGUCAGCCCAUUAGAGUCAGGCCCAGCAACCUCAGACGAGCCCGGGGUCCUCAGCUGAGUCGUACAGUCACCGCCGAAGGAGCCCUCCCUUCCACAGAGAGGAGCGAGAGCCCAGCAGCCGAAGAAACAUGGGCUCCGUCUCUGGUCAUCGGCUCCUCACUCGGCUCCGACCUCAGCACCAUCCAGCUUGCCGAGAGGAAGAUAACCCAGUGGCGCGCCAUCCUGCAGUAUCACCAGGAGAACCUCCCAGACGCCGUGGGCCCCAUCCAAGCCAUGCUAGACGCGGCUAUCGCCGAAAGGAACCAGCUGGACGACAGCGAGGCCAACAUCAAGCCCCGAUCCGCCCUCGCCUCCACCGCCCAGGCCGCCAUCGAGAAGCGCGUCUCCCUCCUGCGCUCCACCCUGGCAUCCUCCACCUUCGCGCCCGAGGCCGCCAACAUCCGCGCCGCCAUCGCCGGCUACGCCACGGGCGCCAUCCCCUACUCGGCCGCCUUCACGCUCAUCUACGCCGGCCGCAUCGUCGACACCAGCCCGUCCUACGCCGACUUCUCCGCCGACCGCCCCGCCCGCCUCGACCGCUACGCCGCCGCCCACGGGCCCGGCUGGCUGUGGUUCGAGCCGCCCCUGGCGGACGGGCGCGGCGGCAAUGGCGGCGGCGUCGAGUUCGUCAAGAAGGCCUGCGCCCUGAACAACCCGCCCUCGCGGAGGGCUGGUCUCGGCGGCGGCUACUGGAGCGUCACCAUGGGCUUCAGGCGGCGCCUCAACUGGGUGAGCCGCGGUGUCGACCCUGGUGUCCCUGCCGCCGCCAAGAAAGGUGCAGCGGGGUCGUCAUCUCGCCGCCGCGCCUCGGCAGAUAACCCCGGCUCCCGGCCCGGCAUCCGCACGGCUCCCGACCCGUCCGCGCCCCGCGUCUUCUUCUCCAUGCACCUCGACAGCGGCGCCAGCAAGCCGACGCUGUACCUCGACGACUUCAAGGCCAUGGGUAUCGACCCGGACCACUACGCCGCGCAGAGCGCCGUGAUGGUCCAUGGCGUGCUCGAGACGCUGCAGAUCAAGAUGUUCGAGGUCGACGUCGGCAUCUACGGGGGACCCGCCGCCGGCCCCUCCUCCACCACCAGGAGCCUCGUGCCCACCUCCUUUUCCCCGCCGGCCCGGGUCUGGCCCCCCGAGCCCGAUGCCCAGGGAGCCACGCACCCGGUGCUCCUCCUACCGGGGCCCCUGCCCGCGACAAAUGAACCGCCCGACUGCAACCGCCUCUCGGGCAUGCUGCCCUUCUACGCGACGUACCUGUCCUCCGUGCCGGGCACCCACACCAUCUGGCUGGGCGAGGACCGCCGCGACGUCCUGGGGGCCGCGCGCAUGCCGGGUCAGAUGCGCUACGCCGGCUUCGAGACCGCGCGGAGCGACGGCGGCGGCGGCGGGGUCUCGGUCCCGAACCCACUGACGGCGGGCCACCCGCCCUGGAUGGGCAGGGACCUGGGCACGCCGGACAGGAUCGUGUUCGAGCACGAGAUGGCGGACCAGCCCGGUACCUGGGUCAGGGACGAGGAUAUGGGGCCCGGCCGGAGCCUGAUCACGCUGAACUCUAGGGCGGUCAAGCAGAAGGAGGGUGAGGACGGCGGCGGUGGCGGCGAGGAACGGGAGGGGCAUCCCUUGGGGGGCCCGAGGAAGGCGGGGCGGGUUGAGCCGAGGAGACAGGCCAGGCAGACUAGGGCAUUGAGGGAUGACGCCGCGAAGGAGGAAGUGGAGGAGCCCGAGAGCGAAGAGGCGCGAAAGAAGCAGAGUUCGGGGCGUCGGGUCAAGAGACGGAGAAUGUCGAAAAGCUAAGGCUAUACCUAC